AUGCAUUUUCACAACAGAGACUCCUCCUUUCACUCGACAGAUACCGCCCAGAAUUCGCCGGAUUCGGCGUCCUAUCACGAAAAUGAUAAACCUCCAUCAUCGCCAUCUGUCGAGCUCGUUCCAGGUCAAAAGGGUCGACUAGCUGGUGGGAAGUAUCUCCAACCUUCCACCUCCCACCAUGAACACUUCACAACCCUUGAUUUCGACUUUCCUUUAACUGGCACCAAAGCGAUAGUCCAAGGUGGUAAGCAAUAUAUCUUGAUUGACUACACCUUUGGAGACAAAGAGAAUCCAUUCAAUUGGAGCCCUUGGAAGAAGGCAUUAGUCUCAGGCCUCCUUUGUUUGAUGACCCUUUUCAUCGGCCUAGCGACUACUGCCUACAGCUCUGGUAUCACCCGAAUGUGUGCAGAUCUCGGCGUCUCCUUGGAGCUCGGGCAAAUGGGUCUGUUCACCUUCAAUAUGACCUGCGCCUUGGCACCAUUGUUCCUAGCACCUUUUUGCGAACUUGCUGGGCGACGCAUUGUCUACGCGGGUGCAUACGUGGGGUUCUCGAUUAUGUUUAUUGGCCUUGCACUAGGCAAGAAUAUCGCAACUAUUCUCGUAUGCCGAGCGCUGCUAGGUCUAUUCGGUUGUGUAGGGACUAUUCUUGUCGGAGGUACCUUUGGCGACAUGUACCACCCCGAGGAUCGAGCUAUCCCUAUGGCCUCGUUCUCGUAUGUCGCAAUUCUCGGUACCGUUGCUGCUCCAAUCUACGCCGGCUUCAUCGACGAGACAAUUGGCUGGCGUUGGAUUGAAGGAAUCCAAGGUCUAGCGAAUGUCCCUCUUAUGCUCAUCAUCGUAUUCUUCUUUCCUGAGACUCGGGGCAGCAUGAUGCUUUCUAAAAGGGCCAAGAUUCUACGUUCAAAGACGGGUGAUCAACGCUAUGUCGCUCUGAACGACCUCGAAGCACCUAAUUUGAAGCGUAUGCUAUACAACUCUUCCGUAAAAGCAGUAAAAAUGCUUAUUACGGAACCUGUUGUUUUCUUCUUCGGUCUUUGGAUUAGCUUUGCUUGGUUCUUGACCUUUCUCUUCUUAUCGGUGAUCCCUAUAACCUAUGAAGAAAAGAAAGGCUGGAGCGAGGGCGUUGCCGGCCUCCCAUACAUCGCGCUCUGCAUCGGCACGACCCUCGGCUUCAUGAUGCAUUUCCUCCAAAUUCACAAAUACAACACAGUCCAUAAAGACAAGACCGAUGAAGAAAUGCGUCCGGAAGCCAGACUUUACGGUGUCAUGUUUGGAGCCGUCGCGCUUCCAAUCGGCCUGUUUAUCUACUCCUUCACACAAUACGCAUAUGUACAUUGGAUCGGGCCUAUGAUCGGGCUUGGUCUGAUUACAUUUGGAAUUUUCUUCAUCUUCGAGUCGUGCUAUAGCUUCACGUCGGAUUGCUACGGUGAAACUUCCUCUUCGGCGAUCGCUGGACAGGGAUUCAUGAGGAAUACGCUCGGCGCCGUGUCGCCUCUAUUUGCUUCCCAGUUCUUUCAUAAUGUUCGCAGCCAAUAUGCAGGCCUGAUUCUGUCGAUCAUAGCCGCUUUCUUGACUGCGAUCCCUUAUGUGUUGUUUGUUUAUGGUCCGGCAAUUCGAUCCCGAUCUAAGCUGGCGAGUGUGCCUCAGCGUCGGCCUAGCUCCGGUCUUUGA